AUGAGGACACAAACGCUCUUCGCCAGCGUUCUGCUGGCCGCAAGGCUGACUCCGAUCAGCGCCAUCGAUCUCGACCUGGAGGAUCCCAAGUCCAUCAUGAGCGCCGCCCGAACGGCCGCUGAUGGCAUGAUGAGCUGGUAUCAGGGCAAUGUGUCUGGCCCGUACAAUAUUCCUGGACUUCUUCCAGGACCGUACUACUGGUGGGAGGCUGGUGCCAUGUUUGGAGCGAUGAUUGAUUACUGGUAUUACACGGGAGAUGCGACAUACAACGACGUGGUGACGGAAGCUAUGCAGUUCCAGGUGGGAUCAAACGACAAUUACAUGCCUCAAAAUCAGUCUGCGAGUUUGGGAAACGACGAUCAAGCAUUUUGGGGAAUGGCUGCCUUGACCGCUGCAGAGGUCAACUUCCCGAAUCCGAAACCAGACCAGCCCUCAUGGCUUGCGCUGGCUCAGGCGGUAUACAACUCACAAUAUCCGCUCUGGGACAAUGGAACUUGCAAUGGAGGAUUCAGAUGGCAGAAGUUCAGCUUCAACACUGGGUACAACUACAAAAACGCAAUCUCCAAUGGAUGUUUCUUCAACUUGGCCGCGCGUUUGGGAAUGUACACGGGAGACCAAGAGUAUCUUGACUGGGCAGAGACAACGUGGGACUGGUCGAGGCAGGUUGGCAUGGUCAACGACAACUUUCAAGUCUUCGACGGUACGGAUUCUCUGUUGAAAUGUCAGGAGAUGAACCACAUUCAGUGGUCGUACAAUGUUGGCGUGUACUUGCUAGGCGCGGCGGUCAUGUGGAAUGUGACUACGGGUGAUAAGCAAGGUCAAUGGCGAGCACGUACAGAAGGCAUGCUUAAAUCCGCGACAACGAACUUCUUCACCGACACGAUCAUGGUUGAGAUUGYCUGCGAGCAGUCGAAGAACUGCAAUAUCGAUCAGCAGACUUUCAAGGCGUACCUUUCCAGAUGGAUGGCCGCUACGGUCAAGGUCGCUCCGUGGACUCAUGAUAUUAUCAUGCCACUUAUCAGGUCAUCGGCCACGGCAGCGGCGAAAUCGUGUACGGGUGGCAGCAAUGGUGUGACCUGCGGAACGUCAUGGGCGGCCGGCAAGUGGGAUGGUGGCUUUGGUGUCGGGCAGCAGAUGAACGCCCUGGAGGUGUUCCAGUCCAACCUCAUCGACAGAGUCCGUGGACCCGUCGGCAACGGUACUGGUGGUACUUCGGUCGGUGACCGUGAUGCAGGAAAGGGUGGGAACAGUGAGUUGAAGUUCGACUCGAUAUCCACUGCUGAUAAGGCCGGAGCUGGAAUCUUGACGGCUUUGGUAUUGGGUGGGCUACUUGGUGGCGGAUACUGGAUCGUGUCAUAG